GUUGGCCCAGGAUGACAGCUGGAGAAUGGAGUCAGUUUUAUCCAAGUAUGAAAAUCAGAUGACUAUUUUCGCUGACUACCUAGAAGAAUUUCCAGAUACAGAUGAGCUGGUAUGGAUCUUAGGGAAGCAACAUCUCCUUACAACAGAAAGACCCCAGCUGUUGUCUGAUGUAAGUUCUCGUCUAUGGUUUACAUACAGAAGGAAAUUUUCACCCAUUGGGGGAACCGGCCCUUCAUCAGAUGCUGGCUGGGGUUGUAUGCUGCGCUGUGGACAGAUGAUGCUAGCUCAAGCCCUCAUCUGCAGACAUUUGGGAAGGGACUGGAACUGGGAGAAACAAAAAGAACAACCCAAAGAAUACCAGCGAAUCCUCCAGUGCUUCUUAGAUAGAAAAGACCGUUGCUACUCUAUCCAUCAAAUGGCACAAAUGGGUGUAGGAGAAGGGAAAUCAAUUGGUGAAUGGUUUGGACCAAAUACAGUUGCACAGGUGUUAAAAAAACUGGCGUUAUUUGACGAUUGGAAUUCCUUGGCUGUUUAUGUUUCCAUGGAUAACACGGUGGUGAUUGAAGAUAUCAAGAAAAUGUGUUGUGUCUUUCCCACGAGUGGCGCCACAGCUGCCGAGAGCCCCCUCGAGCCCUCGGAUGUGUCCAGCCAGAGUAAGAGCACCUCUGCCUGCUGCCCAGCCUGGAAGCCCCUGCUGCUCAUUGUACCCCUUCGGCUGGGCAUCAACCAAAUCAACCCUGUCUAUGUUGACGCCUUCAAAGAGUGUUUUAAGAUGCCACAGUCUUUAGGGGCAUUAGGAGGAAAACCAAAUAACGCCUAUUAUUUCAUAGGAUUCUUAGGUGAUGAGCUCAUCUUCUUGGACCCUCAUAGCACCCAGACCUUUGUGGACAUGGAGGAGAAUGGACUGGUUGAUGACAAGACUUUCCAUUGCCUGCAAGCCCCGCAGCGAAUGAACAUCCUGAACCUGGAUCCUUCCGUAGCAUUGGGAUUUUUCUGCAAAGAAGAAAAGGACUUCGAUAACUGGUGUCGCCUUGUUCAGAAGGAAAUCCUAAAGGAGAAUUUAAGGAUGUUUGAACUAGUUCAGAAGCAUCCAUCACACUGGCCGCCCUUUGUACCGCCAGCCAAGCCAGACGUGACAACCACUGGGGCAGAAUUCAUCGAUUCUACUGAACACCUAGAUGAGUUUGACCUGGAGGAAGAUUUUGAGAUUCUGAGCGUCUAGAAUCAUGGGAACUGAACUUGGAGCUCUGUCUUUCAUCUGGCACCAUAUGAACAUGAACUCAUUACAGAAAACGUUUCCAGUCAGCAAGUGCCUGAUAUGCCAAUAGCAUACAAAUUGGUAGCAAUCAUGGCUGAGCCAAUCAACCUUUUUCAGGAAGAAAGAAACAACCCCAACCCAGCGAUAGCCCUUCCCCAGAGCGUAUGAGCAUGCCGUAGUUGGGGAGACCAGGAGCAGAGAAACUAAAGAGGCUCCCCAGCUUGUCUUCAUGUGGCUAAAAGUCUCCAGUAACUGGAAGGAGGAAGCAGACGUCUUAAUAGAGACGGCAGUUCACAUCUUGCUUCAAACACUAGCAAAUGAGAUAGUUCCUCCGGUUCCUUCACCUACUCAGGUGUGGCUUCUUUGGGGCUAAAAACUAUGAAGCAAUCGGUUCACUUGGUCAAAUAAUUUAUUGAACUAAUCAGGAA